CUCCUUCCUUUUCCUCUCCCCCCUCCUCCUGGUGCGUUUGAUCCCCGGGGGACGUGAAGCCUCAGCAUUCCUCUCAUUCCUCCCUCGCAACAAUCAGCCUGUGAGCCUUUUAUGAGCCACACUCAGUCUGCUCACACUCACUUGCGCGCGUGGACUGCAUUUGCGCACUCCGGGAGCUUUUCGGAGGUUUUUUUUUUUUUACUCCCGGACUUUGAAGUGUUCUUCUUUGUGUGAUGAGACUAAAAUUUGAUUCCUUGUGAUCCGUGCUGUUCCUCAAGUCCCCCCCCCAUCCAGGCCGCCCCCUCGCCUUCUCGGACAUGAGAACCGCCGAGGCUGCCCCCGGGACGGUCCUGCACCGCCUCAUCCAGGAGCAGCUCCGCUUCGGGAACCUAGCAGACACCCGCGCCCUGCUGGCCAUCCAGCAGCAGGCCUUGCGCGGUAGCGGCGGCGGUCGAGGGAGUCCUCGUUCUUCUCAGGAGAACCUAACCCGAGACGAGUGCCAGUACCUGCACAUGUCCACCCGGCAGGACCCCCAAGGCCAGGAAUACCAGGGAAGCUGCGUUCAUCCGGAAAAGCCUUUGAGGAUAUCCUACCACGGGGAGGAGCUUCCCACCUACGAGGAGGCCAAAGUGCAUUCGCAGUACCUAAAAGGGGAGCUGGACUCUGGCGUGGACAUGCACUGGGAUGCCAAGCGGGAGCACGCCCGCUCCCUCAGCGAGCGCCUCAUGCGACUCACCCUGGAAGGGAACCCGGGGCCUCGAAUGAUGCCGGCCAUGAGCACCUCUCAGAGUUUUCCGCAGUUGUACACCGCCAUUCCUCAAGGGGACCCGCGGGGACCCCCGCCUGGGUAUCCACCCCAGGACCAGGAGGUGUACUUCCUUGACCCGAACACGCCUCCACCCUUCUAUUCUCAGCGCAGGAACGGAAGUGAAAGGUCCGGAGACGAGGGUGACGCCCUGAGACGGGAGAACUGGAGACUGAGGCGGGAAGUGGACAUCUACGCUGAGAAGGCCGCACGCCUGCAUAAGCUGGAGAAUGAGAUCGCCAGGAUCUCAGAGGCGUACGAGACUCUAAUGAAGGGCUCGUCCAAGCGUGAAGCGCUGGAGAAGACCAUGAGGAACAAGCUGGAGGCCCAGAUCAAAAGGAUGCACGACUUCAACCGGGAUCUCAAAGAACAAGUGUGCGCGGCCGCCAAGCGGAGAGCAGACAAGGAAACCGAAUGCUCCGAACAAAAGCAACACGUUUUCCUCAAGCUACUCGAACAAAAUGAGGAGCAGCAACGUGAGCGUGAACGUCUGGAGAGGUCCCUCCAGAACUUGCGGGUGUCAGCGGAGGAGAGCCAGCGUGGACGCGAGCUCCUGGAGAAGGCUCUGCUCUCAGCGCACGGCCGAAACCGCCAACUGGAGGACGAACUGCGCAGGAAGCGAGCCUACGUGCAGAAGGUGGAACGCCUCCAGAGCUCGCUGGGUCAGCUGCAGGCGGCGUGCGAGAAGCGAGAAGAGCUGGAGAUGCGACUGCGCACCCGCCUUGAGCAGGAACUCAAAAGCAUGCGUGUGCAACAGAACCAGACCUCAGGCUCCGUGGCUUCGGAGCUAAGCUCCUCGCUGUCGCAACAGCAGCUGAGGGAGCGUGAGGAACGUAUCCUGGCCUUGGAAGCGGACAUCACCAAAUGGGAACAGAAGUACCUUGAGGAGAGCACCAUGAGACAGUUUGCCAUGGACGCCGCCGCCACAGCUGCAGCGCAAAGAGAUACCACCAUCAUCAACACCUCACCCCGACAUUCACCCGACAGCAGUUUUAACGAGGACCUGCCUCUGACCAAUCACAGACGUCAGGAGAUGGAGAACAGAAUCCGAGCCCUUCACACACAGCUCCUGGAGAAGGAUGCCAUGAUUAAAGUCCUCCAGCAGCGCUCCAGAUGGGAGCAAUCCAACCUUCGUCCGGCCGCGUCCGUCCCGUCCAUCGCCACGGCGACCGUCAGUACCGAAACGAAAGGAAAGCGCUUCUCGGAUGACCAGACAGGUGGUGCCAUGCUACGACGCAAGAGCCGGGACUCCAGCACGCAAUGUGACCAACUAGAACCAAAGUCAAAUUUAGCAAUGGCCGCCCCUGGUAAUUCAGAAGAAGCCGAGCUGGGAGGAGUCCGACGGGCCUCGGAGAGCAUCGACAACGACUCCGAGAUGGUGGAGAUCCUCAUUUGAGGGAUGUUGCUGUAUCUUAUUUAUUAUUUCUUUUUGUCAUCGCUGCUUAUUUGCAUCGUGUCGCCCUUUAAGCUAAAUGUUUUUGUAAUUUAAAAGAAUGGAAGUUGUCGGUGGAGGCGCGCCGUGUCUUCUGUGUGACAGAACAAUGUAUAUUUAACUUUUAUUUAUCUUUGGGGAUGGAACGUUUACAAAACUCUCAACGCGGAGCGGCUUUAGAAAAUCCAAACGGAGCGUUUGUCGCCGAACGCCGAUGAUACGAAAACAUUAUUUUGCUACACUCGACAUUUCAGGCGUGAGCGAAGGGAAGGACUUGGGUUUGUUUUUCAGCUUUGGAUUAGUUUUUAUUCGGACUCCAUUUUGAACGUUAGGGUUAUGUUGAAUUUAGGCUUCACACGGGUCGGACCUUCCAACUCCGAAGCUAAUAUUUGCGGCCUUGUAGCGUCAAUUCCCCCUGGCCUUGCCUCGCCCCUGCGCUGGAAGCUAAUCUUCUCACAUUCCUGGCUGAGGGAGUGAGAAAAAAAAGGCUAUCUAAAGCGGGGAAUGUGAAGUCCCUCAGCCCUCGUUAAAACGUUGCGCAUUCCCCCGCUUUAGAUAGACUUUGCUUUCCGCCAUCAGCCAAACUCCAACUUUGCCUGGAAUGUGUUUUCGUAUUAAACUGGAAUGCCCACUCUGGAAGGGGGGAAAUACCGCCUCGGUACACUAAUCCAGUUUGGAACUGUCGCCGUUGGUGUCAGUGGGGAUUACCCAAACGUAAAUUCUGACAUUAAAUGGCUCGUUCCACUUCACGCUUUCCCAUCCAUCGCACACAAUAUGAAUCGAUGCAUUUGCUGGUCAGUGCAGCGGAACAGAUUGACGAAAAUGGCUCUCUCGGAAUGUGUUUACAUGGAAGUGAAGUUAAUAUAUAAUUGUUUUUCUUUUUUCGUUCAUAAGUUUGUGUUGUUUUCUGGUGCCAAAGAUGUUCUCUGAUUUGGUUUUGUUCUCUUAUUAAUGUUAUAACAGGUGACAUAGAUACACAAAAACUUUCUGAUCCAGUAUGGACAUUGCUGUGAAGUUGUUGUUUUUUGUGAAGUAUAUGACUUCAUAUUUUUACCCCACUGAGAGAUUAAAGAUAUUAAUAUAUGUCCAG